ACACGUUAAGCUACUAUAGCGGAAAACGGUGAAAACGGGCUCACCACUUGUAAGAGUUCUACUACGGCUUAGAGUGGACCUAUACUCUAAACACCCUUACAAACUUCUUCACCGUUUUGCGACCUGCUAAGCUUAGCAGUACACUACUCGACGCGCAAAUACUGACGAACUGUAUCGUUGUAAAAAGACUUGAUGUGACAAGAGUACCUGGGAGAAUUAUAUUUUAUUCAACGAAAUAUAAAAUUCAAUAAAUAAAGAAGUCGUACAACUUAUCUGCAGACGUUGCUGGAGGUAGGCUCGGAGAGUGUGCAGAAAGAGAGCACAACAAGAGAGCGAACCUAUGAACGUACGGAAGACUCACAAGUCAAAAGGUAAAACGUGGAUCACCGUGGGUGAGUCAGUUUAAACAAAAGUUCAAAGGUACAAUGUGCACUACAAGCUCUACCACAUCACUCCCUAUUCCUAAGCUAGGAGUCAGUGUAGUCCAGUCCUGUAACAUCAUCUUACAUUUGAUGGGAGCGAAUCGCAUGGCAAACAUUCGUAGAUUGCAGCUCAAGGUGUUCAGAAAACUCUGCAUUUUGUCAGCGUCCUCGCCUAGAAGGACUGUAUCGUCGGCAUAUUAUAAAAAUCGUCCAAUGUUACAAAUAAAAAGUGAUUGUAUCUUCUGUUCUAUUGCCUCUGGAAAAACCGAUCAACCAAUUCGUUCAGAGACUGACAAUGUAGCCAUAUUCGAUGAUCGUUCGCCUAAAGCUCGUUAUCAUUUCCAGUGUGUUCCUAAAACGCAUAUAAGAGAUCCUAAAAAAUUAACGCAUAAAGAUAUACCGCUAGUCAGGGAAAUGGUAAAUUGUGGAAAACAGCUUGUCACUAAUCAACUUCAUUUAAAUCCUGAAGAUUUUUUAUUUGGAUUUCAUUGGCCACCAUUCAAUAGUGUGCAUCACUUACAUCUGCAUAUACUGGGGCCUAAACGUUUUAUGAAAUUUAAUCCAAUGUUCAACAGUCGAUUUAAUAUAUUUCGUGAUGUUGAAAGGGUGUUAAAUGAAUUGGAGAGUAAACAGUCAGUCAGCUGAGUGAAAGGGAUAAAAUUUAAUAUUUCACUAUCUUCCUUUUAGCUAUUUGUGUAUAUUCUCCUUUCGGCUACACAAAUGUAUAUUUAUUAUAUAUACAUCAUAGAGCACAAAAUGUAGAAAUUAUUAUUUUUGAUUUCUAAAACUUCUCUUUUUUCACGUAAUAAUUCAUUUUUAUUUAUUCAUAAAAAUAUUUUUUGUUUUAUAACUGAACACAUGUUAAAAAGGUAUCCUGUGUGAAAUACUCAAAUAAAUGAUUUCCAAAUGAGUAUAUUGUCAUCACUUCAAAACAGAUAUAUUUGUAUAUCAGAUCAGAACUGACUUCUUCUGUUCUGAACCGGUUAUUUGGAGUAUAGAAAAAAAACAAUAUUCUGCCAUGUGUAAAAUAUAAUCUCUCUGAAGAUGACAACAUUUGAUCACAAUUCGGCUUCGCCACUUUAUCGACAGCGGGUGCACUGCUCAGCAGUCUGCUUCGUCCUCCAUUA